UUCCAACUAACUUACUGUAAAUUCAAUAUGGAUUGGUUAUCUCUCUGUGUCUGUGGUACGAAAAGUAAUUUAAACAACGAGAAGGCUCAGAAAGACGGGAAAGGCAAAAAGAAUAAGAACAAAAAGUCCAAGCAAAACAAAUCUCACAAACCGUCGUUGUCCUUAGUCGACGAUUCCUUCCGCAAAUUACAAGAUGAGCAAGUUGAGAAUGAAAUUAUAAAAAAAGAAUGGACGAACGGAAAAGUUAUUAAUUGUUUCGACGAUUGUGCGAAAAAUCAGGUCGACGCGAAUAAUCCAACCGAUUUGACAAAAAUUGACGAUUCGCCGAAUAAUCGGUGGUCUUAUCAAAUUGAUGACGAUCAUGACAAUUUUAAGGAAUUUCGUAAGGAACUUUUGGAAAAGAAUGUAGACGAAUUUGAUCAGCAAACACGUGAUUUUGAUUACGACGAUAAUACGGUACUGCACUCAAGAUGCGCAUCGAACACAUUAGUGUUCGACAAAGAUGAUAAGCAGGUCAAGUGCAUCUCGGAUGAAAAAGAGCAUGAUGAAGAAGCGGAUUUGAACGAGUCUGUCUCGAGAUCGGUGACAUCCGGAGAAUCCGAAGAUUGGAUAUCGGAAUUCGAGGAGAAACAGGAUGUGCUCGUAAAACCGGGCUUAAAUACAAAAUUCAAGGAAAGAACAUCGUCCAGAAUGAAUUUUUCUAGCGAAGAGCAAACGAAGUCAAAAACGAGAAUUUCGUCAAAAAGAGAAUCGAGGAAUAUUCUUCCACCGAUCAAAAGGAAGUCCUGCGCCGAAUCGCGCAUGAAUAAUGAGGAACUGCAAAAAAACUGCGGGGGGGUGAAUAAAUUUGGUUUUAAGAGGAGCGCGGCGUUUUGCGAGCAGAGCAAUAUUCGGCGAAAAUUAAACUCGUGCAGUUUCGAGGUUCGAUCAUUCGAGGAUGAGGAGCGAAAUGGAAAGACUAGGAUUCGGGGUGACGGAUCCAUGAUACCCAGACUUACAUCCUCCGUGCAGCAGGGGAUGAAUUUAAUCAAGAGCGAGGGCGAUAAAACAGAAAUUUUGCAAAACGGUCGCGUUCACUCGGCAGUCGUCUCCGGUGUCAAUUUAGAGCAACGUACUGUAACUGUAGAAUGGUUCGAGAGAGGAGAAACCAAAGGCAAAGAGGUGGAAAUCGAUGCGAUUCUCGCCUUGAAUCGCGAUUUGAACCAAAAGAUGGGACCACCGCCGCAGGUGAUGAACAAUCACAUGUUGGCAUCCUCGAAAGCAAGGGAGCCGGACUCCUCGGCUGAAGAGGACGAGGGGGUCGACGAGUCGGAGAACCAAGAGGAGGGCUCCCUCGGACGCCAUGGCGGUCACACCGCAAGAAACGGCCUCGUCUCCGCAACGCUUCCUGUACGAGUCACAUCUCGUCUCUCGCAUUCCACCAGACCGUCUAUUCCAGUGAAAGCGAGUUCGAACAAACAAUUAUCACGACAGACGGGGCGUCCGACAAAUAUAAUGUCGUCGACUACAUCGGUGAACGGUCAUGGAGAUUCGGUUUCCGGACUCACGGGACGUCGAGAGCUUGAAAACAUACCGCCGACACCAACGACAACAAUCGCGCAAUACAAUCUAGCGACUUCGGUGCAAAAUAAACAGCAGAAACAGGCGCAGCAGCAACAGCAGCAACAACAGCAGCUGCAACAACAGCAGCAACAAACGCAGGUAGAAAAUGGCCGUGGUAGGCGAUCCAACGUCGUCAAAGAGGUCGAGAGACUGAAGAAGAACAGAGAAGAAAGGAGACAACGACAAGCAGAAUUAAAAGAAGCGAUGAUGAAUAUAGAUCCGGGCAAUCCAUAUUGGGAGUUUCUUGCCAUGAUAAGAGAAUAUCAAAACAGCAUAGACUUCAAGCCUUUGCGAGACUCCGACACCGUGGAGGAUCAUCAGAUCACUGUGUGCGUGCGGAAACGUCCGCUUAAUAAGAAGGAACACACGCGCAAGGAGAUCGAUGUGAUCAGCGUGCCCAGCAAGGAUCAGAUAGUAGUGCACGAGCCCAAAUCCAAAGUCGAUCUCACCAAGUAUCUCGAGAAUCAAAUCUUCAGAUUCGAUUAUGCGUUUGACGAGACGUGUAACAACGAGAUAGUCUACAAAUACACAGCCAAGCCGCUGGUGCAGACAAUCUUCGAGGGUGGCAUGGCUACGUGCUUUGCAUAUGGCCAGACUGGUAGCGGUAAGACUCAUACUAUGGGCGGUGAUUUCAAUGGCAAAACGCAAGAUUGCAAGAAGGGUAUCUAUGCCAUGGUUGCCAAAGACGUAUUCAAGUGUCUGAAAUUAGCAAAAUAUCGUCCCUUGAAUCUGGUCAUUUCCGCUAGCUUCUUUGAAAUUUAUUCCGGCAAGGUGUUUGAUCUCUUAGCAGACAAAGAAAAGCUCAGAGUUCUGGAAGACGGCAAACAACAGGUGCAAAUAGUGGGAUUAACGGAAAAGGUCGUGGAGACUUGCGACGAAGUAUUAAAAUUAAUACAACAUGGAAAUAGCGCCAGAACGAGCGGUCAGACGAGCGCUAAUUCUAAUUCUUCGAGAUCGCACGCGGUAUUCCAAAUAAUAGCGCGUAUGCCGGGUACACACAAGGUGCACGGAAAGUUUUCGCUCAUCGAUCUUGCUGGUAAUGAAAGGGGUGCUGAUACGUCGUCCGCUAAUAGACAAACUCGAAUGGAAGGUGCUGAGAUUAAUAAAUCUUUAUUAGCCUUAAAAGAAUGCAUACGCGCAUUAAGCCGUAAGGGUACGCAUUUGCCUUUUAGAGCAAGCAAGCUGACUCAAGUAUUGAGGGACAGUUUCAUCGGUGAAAAAUCAAAAACGUGCAUGAUAGCGAUGAUUAGUCCUGGGAUGAGUUCCUGCGAGCAUUCGCUAAAUACAUUGAGAUACGCCGAUCGAGUGAAGGAAUUGGCGGUGACCGAUCCUACAGAAAUAAAAGCUUCGCCGACAGAUGACGAUCGGGGUAUGAAGAUCGAAGAACAGGCAAACAACAGCGUAUUAUCAGAUAGUGAUCUAGCGCAGCUUCGAUCUCUCAACGAAGGUGAACUAUCGCAAGAUCUGUACACUUUUCACGAGGCUGUAUCUGCUCUGCAGAUGCUCGAAGAAGAAGUGUUAGAUACGCACAAGCUGGUCAUGGAUAAUACAACUAAAUUCCUUAACGACGCACACAGUGUGUUCAGCGCGACACACGAGGUGGAUUAUGAUCAAGAAGAAAACCUUGCAGAUUUGAGGCGGAAAAGAACAAAGUUUGAGUCACCCUACCUGAGGAGUUUCUCGUUGCGUAGACGUCUUAUAGAGAGAAAACUAUUUUCCGACGCAUAUGUCCAAAAAUGGGAGCAGUUGCUAAUACAGCAACGUGACAUCCUCAAUGCCGCACUCGAUCAAGUCAGCCAAUUUCGCGGGCAGCUCUUACAGGAGGAACAAAUCAGUCAGAAGAUGACCCGAACGCGCAAUGUUUCAACGCGAUACAAUUAAGAAUGAUAUUCUAACGAUUGCGAAACGAAAAAAGACACAAAAAGUAAUUAUCUCUCUCAUCGAUGAGAAAAACCCGCUUCUUAUGUGUGUAUUGAUCUUUAUUUACAAGCGCGCGAAAAGCAAGUAUACAUGACACUAGUGCGAUAUAUGAACGCAAAAUGUAAUAAAAACUCCGUCUUGCCUUCGAAAUUGCUACGAAAGGUACGUCGACGAGAAAGCAAAGAGCUCGAUUCGUAAAACUCACCCUAGCGAUCCUGUACUAUAUAACGAUUCUUCUCGAAUGAUUCUUUGAGCGUAAAACGACAGUGGAGAGAAUUCCGCAAGAAAGAGUACAUAAAUAAGGGAAUGAAAUUAAAGUAUGCAUAAUAAAAUAAUAAAAAUAAUAAUUUUUAAGAAUUCGGAAAAAGAGAAAUUAAAUUUUUGUUUUUACAUAUUGGAUUUGUUCGCGUCUGCAUUCUGCGAGAAUUGGCCGAGAAUUUUCAGUCAGGAUUUCGUGUUUUUUUAGUUUGGAAAGUUUAGUAGAAAAUUUUAAGACCUUAUGGAAUCUUUCGCAAAGGUACUUUAGACAUACACAGUCUUUUUAUUUUUAGAUAUACAGUAAACAAAGAUUUAUCAGUAUAUAAUUACAUGUUUUUAAAACGAAUUCUUAAGCGUUUUUCAUUUUUGGGCCGCAUUAAAAUCGUAGAAAUUUUAAGCCGUCGAUACAUACUCGUGUACAUGAUUUGUCCGUCGAAACGCAAAAUAUUACCGCGAAUAAUGCGUAAGAUAUGAAAUCAGAUCAACACACAGUUUUAGAAUAUAGAAUGCUAGGUGUAUUAUUACGAGGGACCUAGUUUAAUAUUGAACGAGCAGGAAAAGCCUUAGUAUGCCGAUUUGUCGAAAAGGAAUCGAAAUAUAUAUAUCAUCUUUUAUACACUCAUCCACAUACGCAUAUACACAAACACAUACAAAUGCAUACACGCGCGUAGUUAUCGACGACAUUCGUAAAUUAAAUAACAACUGAUUUUGAAAGAGAUAUAACUCGUAGCUCAUAAGAAACUGCACAGCGCGGCGGUCAUCCAAGUUCGGAUUUAAGUUUUUUAGUAUUAAUAUCGUCGAUGGCACGUAUCGUCAAACGGUCCUCUUUUUUUUCUUACGUUAUUAAAAAUAUGAGAUUAAAAUUUUUAUUUGAUUUGUCAACGCAUACUCUUGUAUUUUCUUCCUCAUUCUACCGAAUCGUACAGAGUGAUUCUAACAUGCGUUAGAGCUUUAUUGCGGAUGCGUCCAGCAGAAUACCGUAAAUUUUUAUCAUAAAUACAGCUUCAUUAAGAUAAAGUUUAUAAAUUUCACAUUCUAUCGAUAUAUCACUUUUUUAACAAAAAUGAUCAAAUUUUGUUUCGUAAGAUAUAAAAUUAUAAAUUUUUGUCUGUCCCUGCUACCCCGUGUUUUGAUCUCUACAUUCUUUAAAAUGCAUCAUGACAAUUAAUAUGGUGAUACAAUAUAAUAAUAUUAUUAUAUUUCACAUGAUUAUAUUAUGAAGAAGUAAAUAUAUUUUAGUAAAAAAUAUAGGUUUUUUAAUAAAUUAUAAAAGCCAAAUUAAUAUUCACAAAGUAAUUAUAUUUUUCGGUAUGUGUUAUAAUUCAAUGUACAUAUUUAUCAUGCCAUUUUAAUUGGAUAAGUGAAAUGGCUACUGUAAUCGCGAAUUAUUAAAGAUAUUGUAUCACCAAGGUAAUUUUAAAGAAAUAUAUCUCGCUGCAGUCACACUAGACAAUAGGAAAUGAAAAGAAAUAAUAUAAUGUGGAUCACAUAUAUAUACAUUGUGUAUUUUCUCUCUUGAAAAUUUCAUUCUAAAUGCUCAUUCUCUUGUGUAUACGUAAAAUUCUCGUGGACUUGCGGCAAAAGAAUCAUAUAUGUUCACCCAAUUUUGUAAACAUCUAGAACCAUUCUGAUUAUAAUUGGGAAAAUAUUAUUCGAGACCUUUCUCGAAGCUUAAAGAUAGAAUAAUAAAAUAACAAUAACACGGAGAUAGAAAUAACGAAGUAUUUCUGUGUUAACAAAAAGAUACGAUUUAUAUAUAAAAAUAAAAUAUUAGCGCAAAGAGUGUUGUAAGGAAAUUGUUUGAUUGAAAUUAUUGUUAAAUCAACGAGAUAGUUGUAUUUUCCGCCGACGGCAUUCUCUUUAAUUUAAUCUAAUCUUUAUUGAGAGUAUUACAUAAUUUGAAGCUGUGACUCUGUAUUAGUAUUAUGCUUUAUUGGUUGAAAAAAUUCACGUUUUUUCUUAUCGUAUCCAAUUCUGUUUCUCGAGGAUUGCUAAAAACAUAUUGUCUUAAUUAAUUAAUAAACAUUAUCGAUGCAGUUCAUGACUGCUGUAACUCAGGCAUAUAUCAGUAGUUCCAUAUUCGUCGAGAUUUAUAUAAAUUUUGUUAUCUUUUUUCAUGUCAUGAAAAAAUCGCGUUUUAUCAUUUUAUGAAGCGAGCGUGAGAAUAUAGUAUUUUUUAACAAGAGUAGUGAUAGAGAAAAGAAGAAGCUUAAUAUCCGAAAGAUGUUAAUAUACUUCUUAUUUUUUUAUAAUUAAUAAUUUACGCGGAAGGGAGGAGAUGAGUAAAUCAAACACGACACAUCCCUUUACUCUGUCUUUCCACUGGAUGUCGUACUUAAUCGAUUUCUAAUCUAUUCUAACUCAAUGUGCACAGAAAAAGAUUUUGGAUACGUAUGAGAGAUUUCACGUUGUUGCUUUAUGAAUGAAAUAAAUCAAAUUGAAAAAUGGA